AUGAAGACGCAAUCGAGCAGCAGAGUGAGAGAGCUCCAGGCCGUGCUGUUUCCGGUUCAACCCAUUCCAGGUGGCAUGCUCUCUGAUCUAACGCCGCAAGAUUUACAAGUGUCUCAACUGGAACGUUACGAGAGCUCAGCUCUAAGACGAGACGCGGAAUCGGCACUGUUCGCGAUACCUUUGGGUCUAUCCAGGUAUCGGUACUCGAAGGAGGCCCUUCGAGCAGUACUCGAUGCACGUUGCAUCGUCGACGGAAGCAUCCAGGAAGCGGCCAGGUGGCCGACCGAAUGCCAGGUGAUCCCAGAAAGAAUUCGUCACAUAGAGUACAACCCUGCCACACCGGAAGCCUUCUACGUGUCAACCGGAAAGGAACCGAGACCCAAACCAAUCGGUGACGAGCUUGGAACGGUGAUAUUUCGUUACUGCCCAACUAACGUUACCAAUUACAUUAGCCGAUCUUGCGUAGGCGGUAGCACAGUGUUACCGUUCCACACGGAUUUCUCCGGGGAAUCAACCGCGUGUGCCAAUGGGAAUGACAUCUUCUUCGUCGCCGAAGCGUCCCGGCCGAAAGAUGACAAUACGGACUUACAGUUCGAAUCGCGAUUUGAGUCCGGAAACCUCGGCAAAGUAGUAAAAAUAACCGACACAUAUUACCAGCUCUAUCUAAGAAGAGAUCUCUACACGCAGAGGCAUACACAGUGGUACUACUUCAGGGUAUCAAAUACAAGAAGCAGACUCACGUACAGGUUCUCAAUCGUAAAUAUGUGUAAAGAAGAGAGCCUUUAUAACGAAGGCCUCAAGCCUCUUUUAUACUCCACUGAAGACGCUCGAACUCGAUCCGUAGGAUGGAGAAGAUGCGGCGACAACAUCACGUAUUACCGAAAUAACGACUCAUCCGAUGACGAGAAGGAGAAACACACGCUGACGUUUAACAUCUCAUUUCCUCAUGAUCGUGACAUCGUUUACUUGGCGCACUGCUAUCCGUAUACCUACACCGAUCUACAGGAAUAUCUCGGUAAGAUCGUGGCUGACCCCACAAAGACGAGGUUCGCCAAACUGCGCCUGCUGUGCCGCAGUCUGGCCGGAAACGGCGUGUAUUAUUUGACGAUCACCGCACCGACCCAUGACGAAGACGUGCGUAGGAAGCGGGGCGUCGUUAUCACGUCUCGGGUGCAUCCUGGUGAGACACCGUCGAGCUGGACGAUGAAGGGUAUCAUCGACUUCCUCACCGGCGACACGAAUCGGGCUAGAGAGCUUAGAGAGAGAUUCGUCUUCAAGUUGGUGCCGAUGCUGAACCCAGACGGCGUUAUAGUGGGUAACAAUCGGUGCUCCUUGUCCGGGAAGGAUCUAAAUCGACAGUACAGGACAGUGAUGAGAGAGAGUUACCCGUCUGUCUGGCAUACGAAGCUAAUGAUCCGGAGGCUCCUCGAGGAAUGCGGGGUGGCGAUAUACUGCGAUCUCCACGCUCAUUCGAGGAAACACAAUAUAUUCGCCUACGGUUGCGAAAGCAAGAGGACAGGAUGCAAUGGAAAGCUGUCGGAACAGGUGUUUCCGCUGAUGCUUCAUAAAAACGCAGCUGAUAAGUUCUCCUUCGAGAAUUGCAAAUUCCACGUUGAGAAGUUGAAAGAAGGUACUGGCAGAGUGGUUGUAUGGUCGAUGGGCGUGCAGAACAGUUAUACCAUGGAGGCUUCUAUGGGCGGUUCUAAAAUCGGUUCAAGAUGCGGAACGCAUUUUUCCAUUCAAGAUUACGAACAGAUCGGCAAGGCAUUCUGCGAGACCCUACUUGACUUUUCCGAUCAAGAUCCCAUGAAGGAAAGACUCCGAAAUAAGAUUAUAGCCAGAUUAGCGAAGGAGGGAUCCAAUGCUGAAGAGCCUACCAAUAUCGAUUUGACCGACUAUUCAAGCGACGAAGGAGAUAUCUCACAGGCGAGUUUUUCGUCGGAAGAGGGUAGGACUGAGUACACCGAUGCUACGUGGUCCAGCGAGGGCGGAGAGUUCUUGGCGAGUCGCCGUCGAUAUCUUUGUGUGCCACCACCGUCGCCGACCUUCGUACCACCGAGAAGUGUCGGUCUUUACAGAAGAAGAGCACGAAGGGACAUCGCGGGAAGAAUUUAUUUGGAGCGCAGGAAAAAUCUGGCACGACGAGCGGUGAUGGAUUUGCCGACCACAGAUCCAGGUAGCGAUCUGUGUGAUCUGACCGACUCGGCUGAUGAAAGUUUUGUUAGAAGCGAGGGAAGAGAAUAUGAUGAUGUAUGGAGAAGUACGCAGGAACAUCGAGAAGAGAUAAUCGAACUCUCCGAACGGCAGACAAUCGAGAAAGAGGAGAAGACGUUGAUCUUACCGGAAAUUGUAAGACCUCGCAGCGUAUCUUUUGGAGAGUUACUACCACGGAAAGAUAACCGGAAGACUCGGCAACAUCCGCGAUGUCUUCGAAUGCUGAGAAAUCCGUCACCGGUGUCGCCGACUAGCCAAGAGGUGAGAAUCAAGCUCACAUCACUGAGACGGCAGAUCUGGACUGGCGUGUCGACCAGCACCGGUGCCGACGAGAACAACGAAGCGGAACGUCUCGUCGACACAUUUGUUAAGACGCCGUUGAGUUGGGGUGUCUCCAGACACGCUCUGAUGCACUAUCCCACGGACGGCGAGGUCACGUUAAAGCCGCAGUCCAAGAAGCCGCAGUCGCUCGUCUACGACACGGACAAGGACGACGCGAGGAAAACACGGAAGAAAUUGCGACGGAAUGCGUCCCAAUUGAAGGCAUCCGCGCGAACAGACGGGCAGAAACCGUCCAAGAGGAAGAAUGCGAAGCUUGACUGGCAACGGGCGGUGAACCUAAACUCCCGGGGCAAGGAUGCGAGAAUCACAAGAACUUCCUCUCUCCUGACGAUUGAAGCGGAUUCGUUGAAGCUGCUGGCCACGUCGACGGUGUCCAAGCAGCCACAGCGACCGCAGCGGAAACUCGAGUCGCGUCGAAAGUUUCGCGGUGUCGGUACGGUGGCCUCCACCUGCGUCGGCGUCGGGGUGAAGACGAGCGUCGCGAAGACAACGAGAACGCGAGCGUGCCGUCGCGACGCCUUCUGCGAGAGCACGACGUCGGACGAUGCCUCGUCAGAUUCGGGUAAGCCGAAAGUUGUGAAGAAGAAGCAGAAGAAAAAAAAGCAACAGCAACAACAACAACCGCCGCCGAGGAAAACAAACAGAAGAACUGAACAAAGCAAGCGGGUCUGCAGCGCGAAGACCUCGCACAAUAACGUUUGA